GUUGCCCUCUGCUGCUCUCCUGCUGCUCAGCUUCUAUCACCAGCUCUUUCCCUCGUUCCUGCUCUUUGUGUUUCCAACUGCACGAGCCAUGAGCCGGAUCUCAUACAGAUCUUCCACCGGAGGGGGCAUGAGGGGCUUUAGCUCAGGUUCUGCUAUCAUGGGAGGUGGCAGUGGCACGCGGAGCAGCUUCAGCUCCGUCUCUGUCUCCAGAGUUGGAGGAGGAAGAGCUGGAGGCGGAGGAGGCUUCGGAGUCGGUGGCGGCUUUGGCAGCAGAAGUCUCUAUAACCUGGGUGGAAGCAAGAGAAUCUCCCUUGGCGGAGGGCUGCGGAGUGGAGCUGGAUACAGCUUUGGUGGAGGAUCUGGCUUUGGUCUGGGCUAUGGUGGAGGAGCAGGCGCUGCUUUGGGCUUAGGAGGAGCUGGUGGCGGUGGUGGCUAUGGGCUGGGUGGAUUUGGGAUGGGAGGUACUGGAUUUGGUGGUCGUGGCGGCCCCGGGUUCCCCGUUUGCCCACCCGGUGGCAUCCACGAAGUGACUGUCAACCAGAGCCUGCUGGCACCCCUCAAGCUGGACAUUGACCCUGAGAUCCAGAAGGUGCGGACACAUGAGCGGGAGCAGAUCAAGACCCUCAACAACAAAUUCGCCUCCUUCAUCGACAAGGUGCGUUUCCUGGAGCAGCAGAACAAAGUGCUGGAGACCAAAUGGAGCCUCCUGCAAGAGCAGGGCCACACGGUCACCAGGAAGUCCCUGGAGCCCCUCUUCGAGUCCUACAUCAACAACCUGAGGCGGCAGCUGGACAGCCUGAUGGGGGAGAGGGGACGGCUGGACUCGGAGCUGCGGAGCAUGCAAGACAUGGUGGAGGACUUCAAGAACAAGUAUGAGGAUGAGAUCAACCGGCGCACGGGUGCAGAGAAUGAGUUCGUGGUGCUCAAGAAGGAUGUGGAUGGUGCUUACAUGAACAAGGUGGAACUGCAGGCCAAAGCAGAUGGGCUGGCAGAUGAGAUCAACUUCCUGAGGGCUCUGUACGAAGCGGAAUUGUCCCAGAUGCAGCAGCAAGUGUCUGACACCUCCGUGGUGCUGUCCAUGGACAACAACCGCAGCCUGGACCUCAACAGUAUCAUCGCAGAGGUGAAGGCACAGUAUGAGGACAUCGCCAACCGCAGCCGAGCUGAGGCAGAGGCUUGGUACCAGAACAAGUAUGAAGAGCUGCAGGUCUCAGCUGGGCGCCACGGCGAUGACCUCAGGAACACCAAGAUGGAGAUCUCAGAGAUCAACCGGAUGGUGCAGCGGCUGCGCAACGAGAUUGAGAGUGUGAAGAAACAGUGUGCCAGUCUCCAAGCAGCCAUCGCUGAGGCAGAGGAGCGUGGGGAGAUGGCCCUGAAAGAUGCCAAAUCCAAACUGGCCGAGCUGGAGGAUGCCCUGCAGAAAGCCAAGGCAGACUUGGCCCGGCAGCUGCGUGAGUACCAGGAGCUGAUGAAUGUCAAGCUGGCCCUGGACAUCGAGAUUGCAACCUACAGGAAGCUGCUGGAGGGCGAGGAGAGCAGGCUCGCCGGAGAGGGCGUUGGAGCCGUGAGUGUCUCUGUAGUGAGCAGCUCCAGCGGGAUGGGCUACGGCAGCAGCAUGGGAGGAGGUCUCGGCAUGGGCAGUGGUCUCGGCAUGGGUGGAGGUCUCGGCAUGAGCAGUGGUCUUGGCAUGAGCAGUGGUCUCAGCAUGGGAGGCGGCGGCAGCUACACCAUGAGCAGCAGUGGCGGCGGUGGAGGAUUCGGGGGCGGGAGUGGAAGCUACAGCUAUGGCGGAGGCAGCAACUUCAGCUCCAGCAGCAGCCGAGGGGUCAGCUCCAGCACGGGAGGCAGCGUGCGGAUCGUUUCCAAGACCACUACCAGCAAAAAGACCAUCAGAUAAGGAUGGUUCCGGCCAACGGUGUGUUUCCUGCCUUCCAAAAGCAACGUGCUGCCUUGCCAAUCAGUGCUGUACAUAGCUGUGCUGCGCCCUCUCCUUCCUCCGUCCUUCGCCAGCCUCUCUCGGGGUACUGGGGGGAGACCAGGACCCCACUGUGAGAAUCUGGAGCACCUUUGGCCAAAGCACAGGUUGUAGCGGGUCACCAAUGGGGCUUUGGGAACUGGCACGGUACCCGAUGCCAGCCCUCCUCCGUUCCUCCUCAUGAGAUCAUGUAUUUAAUGCAAAGCAUUUAAAGCACUUUGCUGAAUGGGGGGAAGCCACAUGCAUUUGUUUCAUUCGCCUCACAGCAAGGGG